CUCGCUCCCGUUACCCCAGCGGCCGCCACGCAUGCGCAGGCAGAGGCGGGUGCGCGGUGGCAGCGCGGCGGGGAGUGGCGGUGUGUGGUGGCCGGGGGCGGGCCCAGGGGUCCGGAUGGCGGCGGGGCCGCGCCAUGUUGCGGUGGCUUGUGGCGGUGCUCAGUCACUCCUGUUUUGUUUCCAAGGACAUGUUCUACGCGGUGCGCAAGGGCCGGCGGACGGGAGUCUACCGCACCUGGGCGGAGUGUCAGGAGCAAGUGAACAAGUUCCCCUCCGCUAGUUUCAAGAAGUUCGCCACCGAGAAGGACGCCUGGGCCUUCGUGCGCUCCGGCCUCCCGGGGCACCAGCAGCCCGAGCCGGCAGGGGCACAUGGUCCUCCAGCUGUAACAUGGGAAAAUGGUAGCCAGAGAGAGGAACCAGAAAUAAAUGCUUUGUGUUGCAAUACGUGCAAAAGGCCGUAUGAACAGUCUGCAGGUGAAGAACACAUUGCAAAGCGUGUAAAACAUGAUGAAGUAUACUCAGAACCAGCAGUCAGUGAAGAUAAAUUUUCAUAUAUGGGUGACUUUGCAGUCGUUUAUACAGAUGGUUGUUGCUCAGGUAAUGGACGUAGCAGGGCACGUGCUGGAAUAGGUGUCUACUGGGGGCCGGGCCACCCUUUAAAUACCAGUGAAAGACUUCCUGGACGGCAGACUAAUCAAAGAGCAGAAAUACAUGCAGCCUGCAAAGCAAUAGAGCAAGCAAAGAGUCAAAACAUCAAGAAACUAAUUAUCUACACUGAUAGCAAGUUCACUAUUAAUGGUAUUACGAGCUGGGUUGACAGCUGGAAAACAAAUGGCUGGAGGACAAGUUCAGGAAGAAGUGUAAUAAAUAAAGAAGAUUUUGAAAGACUUGCUAAUUUAUCAAAAGACAUAGAAAUUCAGUGGAUGCAUAUUCCUGGUCAUGCUGGCUUCCAAGGAAAUGAAGAAGCUGAUAGACUAGCAAGAGAAGGAGCUAGUAAACAGUGGUCCUGAUGUACAGAGACUAGAGACUGUCACAGUGGGAGGGAAAGGACCAGCAUCACAGUGACUACUUGAAUGGCUGCAGUUGUUUCAGAGUUGAACUUCAAAGUAUACUUUCUGGCCUGAAGUAUUAAACAUGUACCAACUUCAGUGGAGAAAACCGUCACAUUUUCUUUUAUAGCAUUUGUUUUACAAUCAAGUUUUUGUAUUUUUUUGUUUAAUCUGAUGAUAAAAAGCACUUGCUUUUACCUCAUCUUACUGAAGGGCCUCAGUCAGUAGUUUUAACUGUCUUGUAGAUUUCUGAAGUCACCUUAAAGACAGACUUCAGAAGGAGUAUUAAGUCUUUAUCUUGUGUUCUGUAUUUUUCCCUUAGCAAAAUAAAUUAAUUUUUUGUACAGAGGUAUAUAUUAACAACCCAAAAUAGUUGGGGGAGGGGCACUUUGGUGAGAGGUCAGUGACCUAACACAGAGAUCUCUGUUGAUAUGCUUUGAAAUUCUGCCAGUAGCAGGUGGGCUUGUAACACUCACCUGUGCCACACAGCAUCAUCAGCUACAGCACCUGAGGUUUCUUUAUAAUGUUACUGACUCUGCAAUGCAGCAUGAACAAAGUAAAAAGCCAGGUCGUUAGAGAACUUGAAUGGUGAAUUUUUACAGUUCUCUCUUGCUGCUUAAUGUCCAAGCUCUUUGUUUCUGACCUCCUAUUUCCAUUAAGUA